GCGCUUCUCGCGCGCCCUCGGUGCCCCCCGUGGUCUCUCAGAUGCUGCGAGACACAGCUGUGUACGCUUCUAAUUCCCACAGAUCUCCUCUAGGCACGACGCGCGCUGCCACAUAAAUAUCGGCCGUUUCGAGCCUUUUGCCACCCAUCCUCCUCCCCCCCAUCUCCCCGCCUCCCACCAUGGUCAAUAUCGACGACAAAGUCGAAGGCUACGAGGUCGUCUCCGACCACACCGUUUCGGAGCACGAGAAGACGCCCACCCGCGACGAGCUAGACCAGGCCGCAGACGACCUUGCGGCCGUCACCCUCACUGAUGCGCCCGAGCCUGAGGGCCGCACCGUGACCGUCGUCGUUGUCGGCCGCCGCCACAAGUCUGGCAAGCACAAGCGCCGCGAGCGCAAAGAUAAGCACAAGGGCAAGGACCGCAAGCGCGGUGGCAGCCCUCCCCCCUGGGAGGGGCUGAAGCACCACACCGAUCGCCACGCCCACGGCGGUCAUGGUUACUACCACCCGCCACCUCCCCCGCCUCCGCCCCCCGGAUGCCCUCCUCCGCCCCAUGGCCACCCACCUCCUCCGCCUCCCGACGCGCCAGCCUGCCCGCCGCCGCCUCCCCCGCCCGGCAUGGAGCACCCGGUGCCACCUCCUCCGUUCGCUCGCGGCAUGUCCUGCCCCCGUGGCGGCUUCGGCCGCGGUGGAUUUGGCCGUGGCGGAUUCGGUCGCGGUGGAUUUGGCGGUCGUGGAGGCUUUGCCCGCUGGGGCUACCUCCGCUCGCACCACCACCAGCACCGCGACCACGGAGAGACCUACACGGUCGACAUUGAGCUCCCCGCCGGCGUGGAGCCAGUCGACGUCGACUGGGACGCGACGCUGCACGAGAUGCGCCGCGACCAGCGCCGUGCCGCGCACAGGGACGACACCGAUACCUCGGACUCUACCGAUUCUUCAAGCUCGAGCUCGAGCUCGAGCACCUCUGACUCGAGCAGCUCUGACUCUGAGUCAGACUGGAGCGACCGCCGUCGCCGCCGCUAUGGCCGCCGCCGCGAGCGCGACUCCCGCCGCGAGUACCGUAACUGGCACCGCGGCCACGGUUUCCGCGGUCCCUACCCCGGAGGCAUGCCGAGCGCCGGCGGCUUCGGUGGCUUUGGUGGCAUGCGUGGCCCCGGCGGCCCUAGCGGCUUCGACUGUGACGUCCCCUUCGGUCGCGGUGCCCAGUUUGGUCACGGAGGUCCAUUCGGUCGCGGUGGCGACCCGUUCACUCACGGCGGCCUCUUCGGACAGGGAGGUCCUUUCGGCCACGGUACCUUCAAUCACAGCGGUCCCUUCGAGUUCCGUGGGUCCGUCAGCGAGCACGCCCCCGACACUCACGGCGGCCCGCCCCCAGCCGGUCCUCGCGACCCCUCCGAGCAUCCUGACCACCCCGAGCACCAAGUCCCGCCGUGCAAGCACAGCCGCAAGGGCAAGCACUGCAAGCCCGGCAAGUCCCGCAAGCCGGGCAAGUACCACAAGCACAAACAUAGCACGCACGACUGCUGCCCGCCGCCGCCGCCGUCUACCGGCCCAGCUCCGGCUUACCACUAACUCCAUUGGCGACAACAAGCGACCACGCCGCCCGCGACAGUGACGGUUCCACCCGAGACGCGGGCGGGUCGGUCGGAGGACGCGGACGCCACCGUGAUCGUCCUCUAGCUUUACACCCACAGCCUGGCAUACCCAUCGCCGCUGCCGAGGCAGGCGGCGAUAAGCGACGUUGAAACGCAGCAAGUAAGAAGUACAACAAGCGACCAAGAUAAAAUCAUCCAAAAACAGUUC